AUGUCAGAAGCGUCGAGCUCUCGUCUCUUGUAUCGCGGCUCACUCUCCCUCCCAGACUCUUAUAUCCUCUUAGAUGGACUCACUUUCUCAGCAAACCUUCUGGCUAACAAAGACCUCCUCCACAAUCCACUUGCACUAGCACUCGAGAGCAUGCGCGGUCGUCCCUCUCUCAGACUCAAAGGCACGGAAUCGCUCAAGAAUAUAUGCAUAGACCCUUCGGAUGAUGUCUGUAUGGACAUCCAUCCAUCCGCCACCCUCUCUCGGGUCUACUUUGAAAAUAUGCUCUGCUUAUCGCAUCUAUCUCCUGAUGGGCGGACGGAAAUGGGCGCGCGUGUAGCCUUGGGAGAUACUGAUGGUCCAGCAACGACAGAAAUACUAAUAUUUGGAAAGGCUCAUUCGUCGCCGACUACUCCAUCUAUAACAAUCCGUGUAGCACGCAUCACUCCAGCUACUCGUGCUCCCCGCCCAGACGAUCCUACACCCCGAAAACCGCCUCAGCAUCUUCUCACACGCACACAAUCUAUCGGAGAACUCGCUGCGAACACGAGGAUCAAAGUCAAAGGAGAUGAAUCAGAGGUGGUGAGACGGGCAAGAGAGGUAAUGCUGCAUUUACCGAAUUCGAAAUCACGGGGGCGAGGAAAGGACAAGGAACGAGGCAGCGCUGUGUUUAAAGUACCCACGCUCCCAGCAAAGAAAACCAACCACGCACGAGAAGCAGACGUUUUCGGACCUCUCAGUGAUGCUAAAGGUAAAGCAGGUGCGGUGGACGAUGGAGUUGGUGAUAUAGAGCAGGAGAACAAAUCUAUCAUCAAGAAAUUUACUGUAAGACACCUCGAUGCAGUUGGCGUAUCCAAGGCGCAUCCGGAGUUUAAGGAACUCUUUGGGUUCGUGUAUCGUGGUACAACUUUUGCUCUCAGAGCCACGAUAAAGAAAUCUUCUGUUAGUGCGCUAGCUCUAGAGACGCUUGUAGAAGCACACAUCAAGCUUUAUGUUACAUCACCCAUUUGA